UUGACUACUGAUGGUCUGAUCCAGAUAAAAAAAUAAAUAAAAAUAAUUGCUCCAAUCUAAUAGCCUACCUGAAGCCCAAUCAUAUUUCAUUUGAACUGGUGUUUGUGCUGUUGUUUUCCCGCCAGAAAUGCACUUCCUGGUCCUGGAAGAUGAUGUCAUUUGGCAAAUGGCUUUUGUUAGUUUUACUUCAGAUUAGCAGGAAACUGAUGGGCUAUGAAGGAAAGACCUAGGCUAUAAUUAGAUUACUAAUUUAAAUGUUUUGUUUGAUUAGUUUGUUUGAAGUUUUUCAUCUCAGAUGCUAUGGGGAAAAGUGACCAAAAAUGUGAUUCCCUUUUUUGGAAAAUUGUAAAUUUAGUAUUGUAUCCAAUAUAACAACACAAAAAGGACCCUGGGGCUAGUUGUCACAUAAAAACGUUUAUUCGUUUGAAUGGAGGGUGUCUGGGAAGUCUGUGAAUGAAGCUGAAAUAUAGGCUAGGCACGCUUUAUGUUUCUGGAUUAUUAGUUUCCAUGACAACAACGUGAGCCAGUUGAAAUGCCAAACAGGUAGAUGUCUCACAACGGGGAAUAAACGCGGUUAAAUGGCCAGAAUGAUACAUGGAAGAAAACACAGAGAGGUUCGGACAGCAAAAAAGGAGUUAAAUCUACUGACGUAAACAGCAUCGUUUAGCCGAAAGGCUCGUGCUGUUUGAUCAGGACGUGUGUCUGAUGCUUUGAUUGAGGUGUGAUUCCCGCCGCGUCCCGCAUCUUUCCGGAAUCGGUUCUGGAUGAGAGCAAUUAAAGUCGCCCUUCAGGCGGCAUUACGUCACCGGAACUAUACGGUUAAUUAUUUACUCAACGUGCACGGAGACUAAUAAGCGUUUUUAAAAAAAGGCCCGACACAAAAAUGUCCGGGUUUAACGGCAUUCGCUGACUGGAUAAAGAGAAGAAAAGGCUGCUCGCGUGACUGGCUCGCGUUCAUUGUGUGGAGGAUGUGAGGCAGCGCGAGAUGCCAUGGCAGCGGCGGAUGCAGCAGCAGCUAACGGGCCGGAGCCUCCCGGUGUUCCGGUACCUAAGGCGUUUCCCUAUGAGGAAUACGAGUGCAAAAUCUGCUACAACUUUUUCGACCUCGACCGUCGGGCGCCCAAGAUCUUGGAGUGUCUGCACACGUUUUGCGAGGAGUGUCUGCACGCGUUGCAGCUGUGCGAGGAGCGGCCGUGGCGCAUCAGCUGCCCCGUGUGCCGCCACCGCACGCCGGUACCGGACUACCGGAUCCAGAACCUGCCUAACAACACCAAGGUCACGGAGGACUUCCCUCUGUACAUCGACUCGGACCCCGUGCCUCAGGAUGCUCUGCCGCUUCACCGGCCUCCGCUGCAUCCGGCGCUCGUGGCGCUCAGGCGCGAGGAGGACGCGUCCAUGGCUGGACACGCGACGCCGUCCACCACGACGGUGUCCACCGCGACCACGCUGUCCCAGGACUCGGUCUCGCGCUACGAGAGCUGCCAAAAUUGCAGGCGUCUCGCGCUGACCACCGGAUGCGUGUGCGUCAUCUUCUCGUUACUGUCCAUGCUAGUGCUGCUCUUCAUGGGCCUCAUUUUCGUUCACAGCCACGGCGGGCCGCCCUCGCCCGCGGGACCCCUCUGCCUGUCGGUGGCCAGCAUCCUCGCCAUGGUGUCGGCGAUGGUAACGUGGCUCCUCUACUGGCUCAAAGACCGACCGGAGCACGAGACGGGCCGCUCGUCGGCCACCACUAACGCGAGCCGUAGAAACGCGUGACAGGAGAUGAGCAUCGUAUGACAAGCCCUUAAAGUCUUUAUUAAUACCAGUUAGUUUAUUUUCAUGUUACUAGUACUAUAGUAUCUUUGAUUGAACUUUAUUUUAAGGUGUCCUUGUUACAGUGUAAUUAUACAUAUAAGUACUGAGUAUUAUAUGUAUUUACUAUAUGUGACCCUGGACCACAAAACCAGCCAUAAAGGUCAAUUUUAUGAAAUUGAGAUCCAUACAUCAUUCGAAAGCUGAAUAAAUACGUUUUCAAUUGAUGUAUGGUUUGUUAGGAUCGGACAAUAUUUGGCUGAGAUACAACUAUUUGAAAAUCUGGAAUCUGAGGGUGCAAAAAAAAAAAAAAAAAAAAAAAAAUUAAGAAAAUCGCCUUUAAAGUUGCCCAAAUGAAGUCCUUAGCAAUGCAUAUUACUAAUCAGAAAUUAAGUUUUGAUAUAUUUACGGUAGGAAAUUUAGAAAAAUAUCUUCAUGGAACAUGAUCUUUACUUAAUAUCCUAAUGAUUGUUGGCAUAAAAGAAAAAUCGACAGUUUUGACCCGUACAAUGUAUUGUUGGAUAUUGCUACAAAUAUACCCCAGCGACUUAAGACUGGUUUUGUGCUCCAGGGUCACAUAUGGUUAGGGUUAGGAUUUGGCUAAGGGUUACUUGCAUGUAAUUAUGCAUAAUUAAUUGUUAUUAUAAUAAUAAGUAAAUGUAACGUGUGUAACAAGGACACCUUAAAAUAAAGUGUUACCGUAUCUUUUUAUUUAUUAGGUAGGUUAGAUGUGCCUACUUCUAUCAAUCCCAGUAUACUGGGAAAAAAUUGGCUACUUUGAAACAAUUUUCACUCUAGUAAAGUUCACAAAUAAUUACAAAGAAACCUCAAGUAUCACAUUGGAUUAAAUUAAGUGGAAGCAUUUUCUUGCAAAACAUAUGCCAACUUCUAUGUUUUAUUUACAAACAUCAUUUUUUUUUUUUUUUACAAUAUAAUCACUAGUAACAUUUUGUUACAAUUGCUUAUAUUUGUGUAAUGAUUAUUUACUGACCAUUUGUUAACGUUAGUUUAUGCAUUAGGCUAGCUAACAAUGAGCAAUGCAUUUGUCACAUUUAUUAAAGUUAGUUAAUAAAAAUACAGUUCUGGUUAGCUAAGGUCCAUUAGGCUAAUAUUAACAAACACAACUUUUUAUUGUAAUAGUGUAUUUGUAAAUGUUGUAAUUAAUAUUAAGUAAGAUUAAUAAAUGCUUCAGAAGUAUUUUUCAUUGUUAGUUCAUUUUAACUAUGUGUUUAACUAAUGUUAACAAAUGGAACCUUAUUGUAAAGUAUUACCAAUGUUACUUGGAGUUCACAGGGAAACUUGAAAAAAUACAAGUAAGUCCUUAAUAACUAAAUAACUCUAUAACUAAAGAAGGACUAGUACUUAUAGAAGUACUAGUAUCUAAUGAGUCAUUAACAGAUCACUUAAUAGUACAGGCCGGUGUUUCUCGACAAGGAGUAUGGGUGCAAAAUCUGCCGCUUUUUCAACUAUUUCAGCCCAAGAUCUUGGAGUGCAUGCACACCUUAAGUGAGAAGUGUCUGCAUAUGUUGCUUGUGUGCAAUGAGAAGCCGUGGUGAAUCAGAUGCCCCCUAUGCCACACAUACCAGACUAUCGGAUACAGAACCUGCCCUAAGGCAUCCACUGAAACCGGAUACGUGUGUGCCAUCUUCUCCUUUCUGUCCAUUUUUGUGCUGCUCUUCAUAGGCCUCAUAUUUGUGCAUGGCCACCUGAGGUUCGUCUGGCUGGGUCACCUGUGUGAGCUUGAGAAGAACUGACUUCAUACAUC